GCGCCGGUGGAUCAAUGAAAAGUAGUAUCUCGUAAACUCGGUAAAUAUUAGUAGUAAAAUAAUAAUUAAAUAGCAGUGAGUAAAGUGGUGUAAUAUGACAAGUGUUUAAAAGUGUUAAAUGGGACAUGGGAAAAGAUCAGGAGCUGCUGGAGGCAGCAAGAAGUGGAAAUGUUACAAUUGUCGAAAAAAUUCUUGGUCAACGAGCUCGAAGGAGUGGUCCAUUGGCAAGUCUUCGACGAGGUCCUGGAGCUAACGUGCAAGAUGCCAGUGGUUACUCAGCUCUACAUCAUGCUGCAUUAAAUGGCCAUAAAGAAAUAGUGAAACUGCUAUUGCAGCACGAAGCAUCAACGAAUGUAAUUGACGCCAAAGGAUCGUCACCUUUGCAUUUGGCCGCUUGGGCUGGAGAUGCUGAUAUCGUCAGAUUAAUUUUAAGCCAGGGUCCGUCUGUACCGAAUGUCAAUCUCACGACAAAAGACAAUGAAACGGCGUUACAUUGUGCAGCACAGUAUGGACAUACAGAGGUGGUGGCACAACUGCUGCAGUACGGAUGUGAUCCUAGUAUCCGUAACAGCCGGGGCGAAUCAGCGCUCGAUCUCGCUGCACAGUAUGGCAGAUUAGAAACGGUACAAUUGAUAGUGAGAACACAUCCAGAACUCAUCGAACCACUUCGUAAUUCUUCCUCAUCGCUAAUCUUCCCUCACACACCACUGCAUCUAGCUUCACGAAAUGGCCACAGGGCCGUUGUUGAAGUUCUGUUGGCAUCCGGAGUUGACGUCAACACGAGAACUUCUGCUGGUACUGCGAUGCAUGAGGCUGCGCUUUGUGGAAAAAUGGAAGUUGUGAGAACACUUUUGGACCGCGGAGUUGAUUUGGGGAUACGCGAUGCAAGACACAAUACGGUGCUGGAUCUUCUGGGGCAGUUCCCGCCUCAUGUUACUCAUGACAUUACCGCAGUUAUUAAAAGACAUCGAUCGUCUUCCGGCGUGGAGAGUGACGCAGACAGCGAGCAUCUUCCACGCACAAAUGACACUCUGGGUAGCCCAUAUGACAAUGCGCGUGAAGAUCUUUCUCCAGCAGAAGGUUCGUCGCCAACGCAGUGGCAGUUUUAUCACAAACCGCGAGACGAGGACCGCCGAGUAUCCGGUACUUCAGUCAUGUCCUUCAACGAUUUUGAUGGCAACUACUACUACGAUGCUCCGGAAUUACAAGUGACCGAAAGCUACUCGGAUCCAAGUUCAUUCUUCGACAGUGUCUUGAUGUCAAUGUCAGACACUCUCAACUCAAUAAACACACUUGCAAGCUCUGAUCAAACAACACCCGAUGACAACAAACCUAUUGACAUUUAUAUCAACACACCAGUAUCACCGCGAACACGGGGCUCUGACAGCGGACUAUAUCAGACGCCACCGGCACCAAGAUGUACUGAGGGCAGCUACGUCUCUGAGGACCUGUCCUUGACAUUGCCCCCGGGAUUUACUGGCAGGGAGUCUGAUCAAUUGAGUGUCUCUUCUUCGUCAAGUAUUGGAGGACCUAGCCCUCGGGACAGACGAUGUUUACCUAAUGAUUCUGGUAUUUCCGGAAUUUACUUGCCCAUGGCGCCGCUGUCUAGUUCACUUCAUAGUCCUGCCUCUAAUAGUAAAGUCUCGCCAACCCCACCAAAAAAACCACCGAGAAGAAAUUUAUCGGUAUCACCAACCCAUUUGCAAACUCAGAUGUCAUUGUCAGCAGAUUGUUCACUUGGUCCCAGUAAUUACGAAUAUUUAUUUCUUGCACGAAGUGGCGCUCGGAGUCACAUUGAUCUCGAACAAUUGCAAACUCGGCGAGAUCAGCUUCGUCACGUAACCAGAAGUGUCGACCAAUAUGUAGACAUGAAAUCGCGGUACAGUACAUCAGAAAGUACCAAUAGACGACCAGACGUCGAACCAGUUGCUCUGACGGCAGUGUACGGCGACCGUUUGAUAAAACUUCAAAACCCAAGACGGAAAUUACGGAGACAUUGCGAAAGAGCUUAUGAAAAUUAUGACUUCGAUAAUAAUGCGGCAGUUGAUGAGUCACCGUGCAGUGAAACUUCCCACGACCAAACGUUUGUUUCAAAUGCAUUUCUUACUUUGAAAUCCUCGCAAGAGAGUUUGCUGGAUGAUAGACGGGAAAACGGCGAUGCACAAAACGAGAGCCAAAUUAUGGGAGAUGGACGCGAAGCUACGGAUAAAAGACUCAAGAGGGUUCAGAUGCUUAUUCCGACGAGUCCUACUCAUUAUAUACAACCGCCUACUCCAGAUCAUCCUCCACCGUCCGCUCUGCAGGCAGAGAAGUCUAUUCACGAACGAAUUCGUCCACUCAGUCAGGUAUACAAACGUCGGUCACGUGACAUGGAAACAGAAACGGACGACGAUUUGUUACAAUUUCAACCAAGUGGCUCAUUAGACGCCUCAAGUGGUUCAUUAUCAAGCGUGUCCUUAUCUGACAAAAGUAUGUCCGCAGACAACGUCGAGGAGUACUUCGGUGACGUCCCGUUUGCAGUAGCUAAUAUGGACGUGCCAAACCACGGACGUUCCCUAGACAGUUUACUGAAGGGCUCGGUCACGGCGGAGCGGCCGCGGACACUUAGACGGCUGCGGAACGUCUACGCACCUGCAUGCGUUAUGGGCACCGGCAGCUUGGAUUCAUCCAGCAACGACCGCAUUAUUGAGGAUGCCAAUGCAGAUCCAGUACUGCGGGACAAAGAUCGUGAUAGAGACGAAAAAUCGCUAAGUAUUAUGAGCCCAUUUGAUGAACAAGAAGAGUGGGCCAAAAUAUCCGAAAUAAUGGCUUCCUUUGGGACCGGACUUGUUCGCGAAUCUGUUUUUGUUAAUGAAUUGGAGAAAGAAUUCCAAUCGCGGCUUGGAAUUGGAUGUGAAACAAACAGUCCAACAGUUACAACAACCGUCGGGCAGUGGUUAUUAAAUAUAGGCUUUGCUGACUACGAGUCACUUUUCUUAAAUUAUGGUUUCGAUGACCUCAACUUUAUUAAUGGAGUACUGGAAGAAUCGGACCUAAAAGACAUGGGAAUAACGAGCGACACGGAGCGCGCUGUGAUAAUGAACGCCUCGCUGUCGCUGAACAAGCGCGUCGACAAGAGAUCUGGGUCCCAGGCGCGGACACUCGAGGAGUGGCUCAAGGGAAUAAAUUUAGAGAACUACUUGGAGACUUUUAAAAAACAUCUAUACACAGAUAUGGACCGAGUUAAAAGAGUUUGGGAAGUCGAAUUGGCGGCCGUGCUCGAGAUACACAAACCCGCUCAUCGGAAGAGGAUUUUGGCCUCGGUCACUGGUCCUAGUCCGAGGUCAUUGUCUACUAAUGGACGUGGAUCUAAUUUAGAAGAUCUUAAUAAAGAUCUAAACAAUUUGAAAACUAAUAUUCAGCAGUUAAAAGAUGAAAUCUGCGAUAAGUUGCCUGAGACUUCUCAAGAUAAUAGAAAUACCACGCAAACUUCAACAACAACAUCAACGACUACAACAACAACAACAACGGUGACUGGAACGAACGCAACCACUACCGGCACCUUGAGGCACCGAAAGAAUCGCCCGGCACCCCAACCUCCUCAGCGACCACAGAACGGAACUUCAUCAGCAAGUGCUCCAUCUGCAGAACAACUAGAGAUACGUGCGCCCUCUGAGUUACUUUUUGGUGUGCCCUCGACCCUAAAAACUCAGUGGAGGCACCAGCCCAAGGUUCUAGUCUCCGGCAACAUCACCUAUGUCGCCAAUUACUUGGGUUCUACAGUAGUCAAAGAAUUGCGUGGCACCGAGUCGACUAAAAAAUCGAUACAGAAACUCAAAAACACUUGCAGAGAUCCUCGUGUGAGCCUGGCUAUCACACUAGCGAUUUCUUACCGCGGGGUCAGAUUUUUGGAUACGAAUACUAAUGAACCGAUUUGCGAUCAUGAAAUUCGUAAUAUUCAUUGCGCGUGCCAGGAUGCCGAUGAUUUAACGCAUUUCGCAUACAUUACUAAGGAUCACGCAAGUCGUACACAUUUUUGUCAUGUAUUCUGUGUACCCACAAUGGACCAAGCCACAGAAGUAAUAUUAACCCUUGGUCAAGCUUUCGAAGUCGCUUACCAGAUGGCAUUGAAAGACAAACUGACCGGAAAUAAUCAGACGGUGCGCUCGCAGUCAGCAAGUCAGCUGACAAAUAUCACACCGUCUUCAACUUUGAGUAUUAAGACUACCUCGACUAAUCAUAGCAAUGAAAGUCGUGCCAACGAUAAAACAACACCAGUAAAAACAAUAACAAUAACAACAACAAAUGCAGACAUUAAAAAUAAUUCAAAUAUCACACCAACAAUAAAUAGCAAUAACUCAAACUCUUAUAACUCCAAUACUCUUAAGGCCAAGUUAAAAGCAAACAAAACUACCGCGAAUGUAAAUACAAACGCUAAUGCUACUACUAUUAGCAAUAGUAAUAGUAAUAGUAAAAGUAAUAGUAAUAGUAAUUCAAAUUACAAUUCAAAUUCACAUUGUAAUGUUAACAUGAGCACAAAUUCACACGGGAUAAAUGUCAGUGGAAGUAAUUGCACUUCCACUGGGAAUCCAAAUGCCAAUUCAUCGGGAGGACCAGCGGUAGUGCCGCCAAAGCCAUUGGUAACGCACGGGCGGUCACACUCAGUAAACGACAUCAAGAUUAAUGGGAAUCAGUUAAAGCUCGUGCCAACUCCGGUUGAUGACAUCGGUAUCGGUGUCAAAGACAUGAAGGCUGGUUCGCGUGCACCUAUUGCGCUUUCUGAAGAGCUCUAAUUAUCGACUACGGCAUCAUCAAAUAUCAACAUCACCAUCAACAUCAACAUCAUCAUCAUCUAAAUUAAUAAGUUGGUUUAUUUAUUGAAAUAAAUAAAACUGUGAUUAAUUUAAACACUUUAUCGAGUCUUCAAAGACAACGAGUUAUUUCUAGUGAUUUAAAUUUAAAUAAAAACGACGAAUAUGAGAAUCGAUACAAGCAAGAUAAUUCGGUAAGUUUUUAUUUAUUUCAUUUUUUUUUUAUUGACAGUCGAAGUUUCCUAAAGUUGCUGUUUCCCCUUCUCCCCACUCUGGAUUCUCUCAAGAAUAAUGUAUUCCCCUAUGCGCGUUCCGGUGCGUCACAAAGUCGAAACAAACCGAAUUAAACAUGCGUCGAGGCUAACCUUAAAUGGUUCUUUAAUUAUUUUUAAUGUUGUAAUGUUAAGUAAAAAAACAAAAUGGAAAACAUUUCAGAUAAAAAAACUAAACAAUUUUCUGCAUUAUUUAUAAGAUGUUAUUACUAAAAUUUGGCUAUUUUCUUGUGUCAACUACACUGACACUUGUGAAAAUAGCAGAUAUUUCUGUAAGAAAUUUUUCGGAAUUUUCUCUGAAAAACUCAGUUCUACAGUUCUAAAGACUUUUUCAAAUUUCUACAGACUUUUUAAGAGUUAUUCAGAGAAAAGUCCGAAAAAUUUCCACCAGGGAUCUGACAGUUUUUCAACAGUUUAUAAAUAUUCAUCUGUUCUUAGCAGAAAUUAAAAAAAAAAUUAAUAAAAUUGAUUGCAUCUUGAAAAUACUUUUGUUAAUUAUUUAUAUGUUGCUCUGAUAGUUUUAUUUUUCGAAAGGAAUUUUCUGAAAAAUUUUUUUCACUACACUACUGUGUCUCCUGAUUAAUGAUGACAAAAAUUGUAUUUUUAGGUUAACUAUCUCGCAUAACAAAAUAUUCAAUCAUUUAUCUAUGUUUAAAUCGCGCGCCAGAAUUUUGAAUUCUGAUUCGUCUUUUUACAAGACAAGUGGGAGACAAUCCGAGCAACUUUAGGGAGCUUGCAACUUAAGGAAGGGCAACUUUAGAGAGCUUCGACUGUACUUGGAGUGCAGUAAAGAAGUAUUUGAUUAAUCGAGUCGAAAUAGAGGUUAGAAAUAAAUAACAUUCCCUUUAAAAUGUUUUUUGAUGAUCUUUAUUAAUAUAUAUAUAUACUAAUUACAUUAACAUAUGCUCAAUACUUUAUAUUAAUUGUUAGAUUGAGUUUAGUUUAUCAAAUUGUUUUUUUUUUUAAAUUAUCCUUUUUUCUAAUGAAAUUUUUGAUGGGUUUUUAAAACAAUGAGCCUACUUUUUCAAUAUUUUCUAAAGACUGACGAUUUUUCAUGUGACUAGGCUAUUUUACACCUACGCCAUUUUGUGAGCGCCUGCCGCCAUUUGUAUUAACAAACUGACGGCCGUUUUCGUUCACCUGCAAACUUUAAUGACUUUUUAAAAACAAAAUAUUUAGUAAAUUCGUUUAGUUAAAUUUUUUUCGAUGUUUAUUAAAGUGAAUUUAAAUAAAUUUAUUUAAAUUUUUGGAAUUUAGUGACUCAAAUAAAUUAAGAAGUCAAAAAAAAGCCUAGUCUCGGUGUCCACGUUAUUGCAACUUUAUUCGAUAAUUAUGACAAUUAAGAUUUCUAUUAAAUCUACUAAUCAAUAAAAUAAUUGAGAAUAAUUAAAAGUAUAAAUAAUUAGCCAAAAAUAAUUUUAAAGUAGAUUGGAAUUUUUGGUGUAGAAAAAAAAAAAUUGGAGGAAAAAUGUGGAGAGAGCUGAUUCCAAAGUACUUUAAUUAACUAACGAUAAAUGUUUAAAAUUAUAAUUAAAAAUAAAAAUAUGGGCAUUUGUAAAAUUUAUCUAUAAAUGGUCCUAGAAAUUUUUAGACGCCACUUUAACUGGCAUUAUUUAUUAAAAGAAAAAAAUAAUAAUAAAAAUAACAAUGAGUGUAUAAAAGAGCGAGCAAUUACGACUGAUAAACAGGACUGCGUGUCACUCGGUGAUAAUUGGCUUAAAUAAUUAACAAAAAAAACAAUAUUGGAUAAUAAAUAUUUAAAUACAGUUGGUAUAGAAUAGACCAAAGAUAGCGAGUGAAUAAAAGGUAAAUUGACUUUAGAUACUAGUAAUUUUAAAUUAAAAUUUAUCAAUAGUAACUGAACUGCCAAAAAAUCCUCUACGGAUUGUUACUGUAUUAAAAAGUGGACCGACGAUUUAAAUGAAAUUAUAAUAUUUUGAGAAGAGAAUUAAUUAAUUAUUAAUAAUUAAAUGCAUACCAAAGCACGUCGGUAUUGUAGAAAAUUGUAUACUAUCAAAUGAUGAAUUUUCUUGAUAGUUAAUAUUGAUAAUUAAUAAUUAAUAACAGUAACAAUAAUGUUUUAUAAUUUUCCUCAUUUUUAUAUUCGCGUUUAUUCUAAAUACUGCGACGCUUUUAAUGGAGUUGGUUUCUAUAUUUCCUGCCAAAAAAAAAAAAUAUUAGCUUCGAUAAGUAAAAUUAUGCCAUGCCAGUAAUCAAGUAGACAAAAAAAAAAUUCAGCUAUGACUUCCAUAAAAAUUUUUUCUUUUAUUAAAUAAAUUUUGAGGAUUCGUUUUUUCUAAUGAUGUAGAUUUGAAUUUUGUCUUAAAUAUUAGGGUUAAAUAUUGCUAAGCAUACGUAGUUACUCUUUAAAUCUUAAACCGAAAGCGGAAUUUGGAAAUCAGUUUUUUGUGAUCCGGAAGUUAGCAGGCAAUAAAACAUUUUUGGAUUUUUUUUUUUAACAAAUCAAUUACAAAAAAAAAAAAAACUAAAAAUAUGUACAUGUAUAAAAUUUAAAAAACUACAAGUGCAAUUUUUUUAAAUAUUUUUUUUUUUAUAAUUUAUUGUUUUUAAAAAAAUUCAAAAAUUGUUAGACGCCUGCUAACUUCAGUAUCAUAGACAAUUAACAAUUUUUGGAUGUUUUCUUUUUUCAACAAUUUAAUUAAAAAAAAAAAAAAAAAAAACUCAAAAUGUGCACAUGUAGAAAAUUAGAAAAAUUAUAAGACGUCGGCUAACUUCAGUAUCAUCAUUUUUUUUUAUUUUCUAUCAAAUAAAUUUUUUUUUUUUAAGGAAACAGUGAACGAUAUAAAAUUAACUGAAGUUUAAUAAAAUGAAAUUUUAUCAAAAAUUUUUUUUUUAUAAAUUUUAGGGCAAAAUUUAGCCGCGUAAUUUUUUUUUUUUAAUUUAGAAAUUAAAAAAAAAUCAUAAAACAAAGAAAUUAAUUUUAGAAAUACAUUUUGUCCAGAAUUUUCUCAAAUUUUGUUUAAAAAAAAAUUUUGAUUCAUUGUCUAUAUCUCGUCUGUGAAAAUUAUGCACAAAAAAUUUGUUAAAAAAAAAAAAAAUUGUUAUUAUUUAAAAAAAAAAACUCAUUUUAUAAGCAACUAAAGUCAUUAAAAUAUCAAAGAAAAAAAUGAGGAUUUAAUAUUAUUGAUGUUAAAAAGAAUAUCAAAAGAUCGUAACUCUUUCUUACAAUUUGCGUGUAGCGAGAUUUAAUACCUUUGAGCUUUUAAUAAAACGUUCCACAGUCUUUUCACCACCAUAACGCAUUUCAAUUCCAGCAAAAGCAUCAAAGAAAUCUAAAGAUGUACAUAAUUUCUAUGACAAAUCCAAAUUUAAUUAAAGUUUUUCUUUUUCACUCCAAGAGAACUGAUUCCAAAGCCGCGAUUUAGAGAUUGAGCUUUCACUAAUUAAGAAAAAUUAUAAUUAUACAUGUUUAAAUGAAAUAUACAAAACACCAUAAAGAGAAUUAUUAAGAAUAUAAAUUAAUAAUAUAAAGGUUUUGAGAACGAGUUUAAUGAGUUGUGUCGUAAAAAGGACGAUCGUUAAAUAUAUUCUUAUGAUUUGUGAUUAUUGUCACGGCAGCUCAAAGGGUGUGUGUGCGCGUGAAAAAAAAAAAAAAAAAAAAAAAAAAAAAAAAAAAAAAAACAGUAUUGUGAAUAUUGUGGAUUAAGGGUAAAGAAUAUAGUGAAUAGAGUUAAGUAUCGUAGUAAACUAAAAGUUUUAAGGGGCGGAUUGGUUAUGCUGGAUAGUUACUUUUAAAGGGUGUACAGUAGGGUGUCCUACACACCCCCGUGUCUCACUUUAACUCAAUAAAGCAGCAAUACGAUUAGAUAUCUAUUCUAUAAUUCAGUCUCGCUAUCAUCGUUUAACUAUUUUAUAUUGUCUAGAUUUAAUAUUAUUAUUAUUAUAAUCAUCCGUCAUUUUCAGAUAUUACUUAUAGUUACUAAAUAAUAUACUAAUUAAUAUAUAUGCUGAUUAACUGUUUAAGAUUUUUAUUAAACACUAAAUUCAGUUGAUAAAUUUUACAAACAUUUAUUAAGUAUAAGUUUGUCUUUCAUUUUUUAUUGUAAAUUGCAUUUCACUGGUCUCUAGCCGAGUGGUUAGCAGAGAAGCGCGGGUUAGAAUUUUGAUGAUUGUCGAAAAAAUUUUUCAGGUGUGUGAGGCCGGAAAACAAGAGUAAUCUCUUAUACUGAGGCAGAGUUAUGAUGGAAAAAAGGCAAAUUUUCUCGCUUUGGUAAAAAAGUAGAUAUAGAAAAUUUGGAGUGAAUUUUGAGAGAUUACAGAUUUUAUUUAAAUCCAAAUUCACUCCGUCACUCGGAGUUCCAAAGAUUUAAAAAAAAUCCCUCCGUAUAUGGAGUUUGUUUUUUCGUCGAGGUGAUUUUGGAGUGAUCUGGUUUUUAUUGAAACCCGCAUUAAUUCCGAGUCGGAGUUUCAGUAUGAGAUUAAACUUUCCUUCGAAGUAAAUUUCACUUCGGGGGCAUUUAAUAAAUAAACAAUCAUCCGGUCCGCAUUCACUCCGGAUUUACUCCGCUAAUUUUUUACAGUAUACACUGAAAAAAAUUUGGAGUGUAACGCGGAUUGGAUCUGGACUGAAUGUACUCUCUUAAAAUGAAUCAGUGAAAAGUACUCCAAUCAGUCAAAAUUCAUUGCACAAAUAGUCCCAAGUACAUCACUAAAGGAAUCAGUGAUAUACUUGGGACUACUUGGGAAUAUUCACUGAUUUGCAGGUCUUUUCACUGAUUUAUUUUAAGAAAGUAAAGUGAAUGAUUGUGCGUUUAUUUAAUCCCCUUGGAGAAAAAUUCACUCACAUUUUAAUUUUAAAACUCCAAAUUGGAGUGAAUGCGGAUUUAAAUCAAAUCCAGACCACUCCGAAAUCCCGUACGAAAAAAGUAUAUAUCCGGAAUACAUACGGGCAAAAUUGAAUAUAUGUCUCAUAUAUGCGGCAUAUAUUCAGAUUUGUCCGAAUAUAUAAGGAUAUAUACUUUUUCCGUACGGGAUGACUCAGCUGAAAAAACAAACUCCCAAUUUACUCCGUAUGCGGAGUGAUUUUUUGUGAAAAUUCCGAAACUCUGAGCGGUGGAAUGACAUCGGAUUGGAAGAAAAUCCGCAAUCACUCCCGUAUUUUUACAGUCUACUGCAAACCCUUUCUUCUUUUUUUCUUUUUUCUGUAAAUUACAUUUUGUGCGCUGAUACAAAAAUCCAUUGCGAUUGCAAUAUAUUAUUGAUAUUUAAUUUAGUGAAAUGUUCAUUCAGUAAAUCCAUUUUUUUUUUUAAUUUUUCAUUCUAAGUACAGAGGUUAUUUUUUUUUUUAAAUAAUAAACUUCUUUUUUUUAACAAAAAUAAUUUCACAAUUGAAAUUUUAAAAAAUUCAAAUUUUAAAAACGAGAAAAAAAAAUUUAUCAACUGAAUCACUCACUUUGAAAUCUGUUUUUGAAAAAUAUUUAUUUCCACAAUAUUCUCAGCCUCAUAUUUAAAAUAAUUCAGUCUAAAGGUUGCUAGGAAAAUUAGACCAGAAUUACGAAAAAAAAAAAAAAAACAGGGAACGAAGUAUAAAUACAACAAUGAAUAUUAGCUGAAAGAAUGUAUAUAAGUUGGAUCAACGCACUGUAAAAUAAGCGUGUCCGAUAAAAGUAAAUGUGCAAUGUAAUUAUUUAUGAUAUAUUUAUUAAAAAAUCUAUGACAGCUCGAAUACGCUUUCUAAUACCCCUAAUCUGAAUAAUAAUUAAAUUAAUAAAUAAAUAAAUAAUGAAAAAAAAAUAUAUAUAUAUAUAAUGGAAUAAACAUAAAAUGUAUUUGGGAGACAAAUCAGCUUCGGUAAUUUGAAAAGUAUAAUAUAUACUAACAUCGAAUCAAAAAUUCACCUCGUAAUUAUUCGAACCUCAUUUGACUCUCAAUCGGUGCGAUUAUUAUUAACCGUUGUGAUAUUAUUUGUUUUUUAUAGUUAUAAUUAUAAUUAAUUAAUUAAUUAAAAUGUCAUUUAUAUUUGUAAUUUCUAGACUUCUUACGUAUAAUCAGCUUUGCUUACCUUCGUCGAUAAAUAUCAUACUGCAUAUUUAUAUAUAUAAUAUAUACUUUAAAACUGUAAAAUAUUUUUAUUUUGUAAAAGUAGUUAUUUAAAUAAUUAGUAGUACUACAAAAAAAAAAAAAAAUCAAAAAAUUAAUUAAUUAAUUAAAUUAAUUAAAUAAAUAAUGAAUUUAUUUAAAUGCUUUAUCGACGAAUUAGAUGCAAUUUAUUUAUUUGAAAUAUAAAAUGCAGCCUGGUUAUACGCAACACACUUCCGUUUAUUGUAUUGUACACUUGUCUAUUUAUUAUUGUUCAUGUUUAUUAGAGUUAUAUAAAUAUAAAAAAUGAAUAAAAAUUAUUAAAGUGGA